AAAACAUAUCAAGACUUUAAAUGUCUAUUAAAAACACAAUAUAACUAAUAACCCACUCCCCAGGCAGGUAUAUAAUCUAAUUCUGGUUAGAAAACAAAAAUCGCUUGCACGUGACUAAUCCGGGGGCAAAGUUCAUCGCAGCAAAUAUGGCGCCUUCCAUUGACAGGAUGGGACGAGUGCUAAUGGUUCUGCUGGUGCUGUGGUUCAGUGUCGAAGCCGUGGAUCGUGGUAACUUCAAAACAUGUGAGCAGAGCGCCUUCUGCAAGCGUCAGAGGGAGCUGAAGCCAGGUCAGUCUCCAUACAGAGCUCUGCUAGAUACUUUAGAGCUCAGCGACUCCAGGAUUACACUGCAGCUCAUUAAUGAUAACAACAAGGUGCGUCUGCUUUUGGAGCUGUACAGGCUGCAGGGCAACAUGACACGGGUUAAAAUCAACGAACUGAAGCCUCUCCGACCUCGUUAUGAGGUCCAGGAUGUCCUUGUCACUGAUCCUCCUACCAAACCCAUGAUGGUGGUAUCUCAGGACAAGAACAGCGUGGUGCUCUCUCUGGGUGCAGACGAACAGCGGCUGAUCGUCAGCGCCCAGCCAUUCCGCCUCGACAUUGUGGACGGCCCUGAGGUGCUGCUGUCCCUCAAUUCCCGUGGCCUGCUGGCUUUCGAGCACCUGCGUCUGCGUAAAGACACCAUUUCUCAUAAAAUAACAAGCACAUUCGGUAGCAUGUGGGACUCGAUCAAGAGCGUGUUCUCUAGUAAACAAGACACAGAGGGAGCUGGUGGAUCAGAGAAUGCAGAGGAUGCAGGUGAUAAGGGUGAAAAGAUAGAAGAGGAAGAGAAGCCUGGCAUGUGGGAAGAGACAUUUAAAACCCACAGUGACUCAAAGCCCAAUGGUCCAACCUCCAUUAGCCUAGACUUCUCUUUUCCGGCCGUGGAACAUGUUUACGGUAUUCCCGAGCACGCGGACACUCUCAAACUGAAAAACACAGAUGGGAGUGACCCGUAUAGGCUUUAUAACCUGGAUGUGUUCCAGUACGAGCUGCACAACCCCAUGGCCCUUUAUGGCUCUGUGCCUGUUCUCAUAUCCCACAAUGCUCGGCGCACCAUGGGAGUCUUCUGGUUAAAUGCAGCCGAGACUUGGGUGGACAUCUCCUCUAGCACCGUGACAGUCUUUGGUGAGAAGCUGGAUUUUGUCCAGAGUUCAGGUGAAGUCCCACAGACAGAUGUGCGCUGGAUCUCGGAGAGUGGCAUCAUCGAUGUUUUCAUCAUGCUCGGACCAACACCGAGUGACGUUUUCACACAAUACGCUUCAUUAACAGGCACUCAGGCCUUCCCUCCUCUAUCCACUCUUGGAUACCAUCAGUGUCGUUGGAACUACAACGAUCAGGAAGAUGUAAAAGCUGUGGAUCAAGGAUUUGAUGAGCACGACAUCCCCCUUGACUUCAUCUGGUUGGACAUUGAGCACACUGAUGGCAAACGGUACUUCACCUGGGACCCUCAAAAUUUCCCACAACCGAAAGAAAUGCUACAGGGGCUCAUGGAAAAGAGGCGCAAGAUGGUCACCAUAGUAGACCCUCACAUCAAAGUGGACAGUGGCUACAGGAUUCACAAUGAAAUUCGCUCCAAGAACCUUUAUGUCAAGAGCAAAGAUGGAGCAGACUAUGAAGGCUGGUGCUGGCCAGGAAAUGCUGGAUAUCCCGACUUCACCAACCCCGAGAUGAGAGCCUGGUGGGCCAGCCAGUUUGCCUACGACCAGUACAAGGGUUCCAUGGAGAACCUUUAUACGUGGAACGAUAUGAACGAACCAUCUGUGUUUAAUGGGCCAGAGGUGACCAUGCACAAAGACGCGCUGUUUGGCAGCUGGGAGAACAGAGACUUGCACAACCUCUAUGGGUUGUAUGUGCAUAUGGCAACCGCUGAAGGCUUGAUCCAGCGCUCUGGUGGUACAGAGAGACCAUUUGUUCUCUCCAGGGCCUUUUUUGCAGGAUCCCAGCGCUAUGGGGCCAUAUGGACAGGAGACAAUGCAGCUGAAUGGGGACAUCUGAAGAUGUCCAUACCCAUGUGUUUGAGUCUGGGCCUUGUGGGCAUUUCUUUUUGUGGAGCUGAUGUCGGCGGUUUCUUUAAGCAUCCGAGCACUGAGUUGUUGGUGCGUUGGUACCAGGCCGGUGCAUACCAGCCAUUUUUUCGUAGUCAUGCCCACUUGGACACCCCACGGCGUGAGCCCUGGCUUUUUGGGCCAGAAAACACUGCCCUGAUCAGAGAAGUGAUACAACAGAGAUAUAGAUUACUGCCGUACUGGUACCAGCUCUUCUAUAAUGCAUAUCGCACUGGACAGCCGGUUAUGAGGGCUCUGUGGGUUGAGUAUCCUGAAGAUCCAGCCACAUUUGCCAUCGAGAAUGAGUAUUUAAUUGGUAAAGACCUGCUUGUCCACCCUGUUACUGACGAGGGCGCAAAGAGCAUCACAGCCUACUUGCCUGGGAAAGGAGAGGUUUGGUACGAUGUUCACACAUUACAAAAACACGAAGGGGCUCAGAGUCUCCACAUUCCGGUCACCAUGAGCUCAAUCCCAGUGUUCCAACGUGGUGGAUCCAUCAUCAGCAGGAAGGACCGCAUCAGAAGAUCCUCCUCCUGCAUGGACAAUGACCCUUACACCCUUUACGUAGCAUUGAGUGCUCAGGCCACAGCUGAAGGAGAGCUCUACAUUGAUGAUUUCCAUACCUUCAACUUUGAAAAAGAAAAGCAGUUUAUCCACAGGCAACUUCUCUUCUCUGAUAACGUACUUAGCUCCAGUAAUCUGGCUCCAGACUCCAAGUUCACCACAGCAGCAUGGAUAGAGAAGGUGAUUAUAAUUGGAGCCACUCAUACGUCUUCUGUUUCACUGAAGACUGCAGAUGGUGCAGAGUCUGCUGUGGAGUUUGAUUUUGAUUCGAAAGCAUCAGUGUUAACAUUGCACAAACCUGGCAUCAAUGCAGGGGCCGAUUGGACUGUGACGUUGCAGUAAAACACAGACACACACACACACACACAUACACACACACACACAUACACACAGUGGUUUCUAGGACAUAAGCAAAUUUAUGUACACACAACCACACCAAUGGGAGCAACACUUUUUUUUGUUGUUGUUGUUGCCAGAUUUGAUUAUUCCAUACACACUCGCUGACCAUGGGUGUGUGUAAAGUAUUUGAGCUUGGGACAGGAUGAAAAUGUAAAUAAAGAAAGAUAAUAGAAAUAGGGCAUCAGAGAAUAUGGAAAAAAAAAUCCUUUUAAUUCUCUUAAUAAUGUUCCCUUUAUAGACCACUACAGCUUGUUCAAUUUUAAAAACCUUUGCAUCAAGUUUGAAUUAAAGAGACCCAGAUGUGUCUAUAAUAGUGAUAUUAAUAGUGAAAGCAUAAUUGUUCCAUUUCAUUUUUUUCCCCCUCAGUGGAAUAUGAUUAAUUCAGAAAUGUGGAAUCGUUUGCACUGACAUUCAAUAUUCCAGUUUUCCAAAUGAGUAGUAAGAAAGAUUUUCCAAAAAAUCGUUGCUAGAGUUGCUAAAACCAUGUUGGUUUGGAAAGGUCCUAAAUAGUAGGUUUAAACCGAGUCAUAUAAAAUUUCACCAUAUUUACUACCUGAUCUAGUAUAGUUUUGGGAAUGCCAUCUUUCUUAGCCAACCUCCACAGUAACUUGG